UUAUUUUACUAAUAUGACGAACAACAAAAUGAGGUACAGUGUUUUGUUCGUGUGACAAAUGUGUACAAACAUUCCGAUUGUGUGUACUUACUGUUCAUGGAUUUUCUAUAUGUGUUUUUAUAUUUCAUUCAGACCUGUGACAGCUUAACUAACGAAAUGAAUAAGUAUUUGGAGAAAUUGAACAAUGUUGCAGCAUGUUGUCAUUGGGGAUUAGUUAUAGUUGGUGCCUAUUUUGUUCUUACGUUUCUGUCAGUGGGAUCAACAUGCGCGAUGGGAAUAUAUUAUAUCUAUAUAAUGGACAAAUUUAAAGUAAACUUAACAUCAGCAACAGUCAUAGGUGCAUUGAAUACUGCAGUAGGACACUCAGGGGCCAUAAUUGCAAUGCCCUUUGUUGAAAAGUUUGGAGAGCGACCUGUUAUGAUCCUUGGAGGAAUUUUAAAUCUAAUUGGAUACAGUGUGUCUACAUUUGUGACGUCAUUUCCUUUAUUAUAUGCAACAAUGGGUAUAAUUCCAGGUCUUGGAAUUUCAUUUUCAAGGGUCAGUAUAGUAAUUGCAGUUAACAGAUAUUUCCAAAAAGCUAAAAUGCUUUCCGUAUCAUUUGGAGUAGUUGGUGCCUCUGUUGGUAUGCUAUCGUUUCCACUUUUAAUUAGGUUCCUUGCAGAACUAUAUGGAUUGAACGGUGCAUUGCUUAUUCAUGCUGGAUUGUGUUUCAAUAUAGUAGCGUGUGGGGCAACAAUAUUUCCAUCUAAAAGGAAGCAACUUAAAAAAGAAAAGAGUGACGAGGAAAAAACGUUAACAUGUGGUAAUAAACAGACUGUAGGAUUUUCCUUUUGUGUGCAACCACCUUUCAUAGGAUACAUGUUUACCAACUUUCUCUUCAUGGCUGCAUUGUAUAUUCCAACAACUCAGAUUCCAAAACAUGCUGUGUCAAUUGGCAUAAGUGUCAAGGAUAUUUCACUUGCAAUAGCAGUUAGUGGAAUUGGAAAUAUGUUUGGCCGAAUAUCUUUUGGCGUUCUGUCACAUCGUUAUGAGAGCCAUGUGGUAAAGUUAUGGAUAAUCUGUUUGACCUGCAGUGGGCUUAUAAUGUUAAUGGUACCGUUUUCAACAAAAGUGGAAGAGUUUAUGAUCUUCAUGAUUAUAUAUGGAUAUUUUGAAGGAGCAUCUAGUGUUGGUUGGAAUAUUAGUCUGUUCAACCUGAUCAACAUUAAGUAUUACGAAAGAGGAAUCAGUGUAGCCUACUUUGUAGCUGGAAUUGGACUGGCAGUAGGAAGUCCUUUUACGGCGUUCCUGAGCGAGGAGUUCAGUUCAAAUGGGAUAUCAUACUAUAUCGGAUGUGGAAUGUUUGUUUUAGGUGCCUUCAUCAUGAUUCCAUUUGCAUCAAUAUCAGCCAACACAGAUAACGUGUUUCAUGCGUCGAAAAAACCAAAUGAACCUAUCUCAACUGUAUAUGGUUCAUGUUAAAUAAAUGUCGAAUUUUAAAUUGCAGAAGUAAUACAGUCACUUAAUCAAACCACUCUCUUAAUACGUAGAUAAAAACAACAAUACCUUGUUAAGAAUACAAAAAUAUAUCGAAACAUUGUUGGGAGGUGGUGCCAUGACCAAUUAGAUUUAUUAAGAGCAAUAAUUUCUAUAUGUUCAUUUCGUGAAUUGAUAGCUUUGAUACGUGUCAAUAUAAUGAGUGUAGUUGUUUAAAUAACUAUUAUCUUUUAUGCACACUCAAUGUUUCUUUCUGCGGACUUAUUUAUAAAACCUAAUUGCACUUUACAAGUAUAAUAUUGGUGUAAUUAAUAAUUUUAUUGGUAAUACUAGUAGCAUAUAUUGAUAUCGAAAGAGUGUCAAUGAGACAACUAUCCAUCCAAGUCACAGUUAUAAAAGUUAACCAUCAAAGGUCAACGUAUGGACUUUUACACGGAGUCUUGGCUUCCACCUAACAAUAAGCUCCAAAGGGUCCUAAUUAACAAGUGUAAAACCAUUCAUACGGGAAAAACAACGAUCUUAUCCAUAUAAAAAAAACAAGAAACACUAAAUAAAGGAAUACGCACUUUUUUGUUCACGGAAUGUCUUGAAUUUUCUUUUCUCUACACUCUAAUGAUUGAAACGUACUGCACUGUAAAGGGAGACGCAACUAAACGGAUGAUUGUAUCGGUAACAGGAUAUAUUGAACUUGGUUUGUAGAACAAAUGUUGCAUAGGAUAAUAAAGAAACUGUGAUUAUUCGUAAAAGUUAUUAUGUAUACUCUAAAAUCAAAUUUAGAAAGGAAAUGGGGAACGUGCCGAAAAGGUAACCACCCGACAAAAGAGCUUAAAACAGCCGAUGUCUACCAAUAUUUCAUUUUGCAGAUUUUAAGGCAAUAACACAAAUAAAAAAAUGUUGUGCCCUUCUGACAUUGUAUGCGCAUACAUUAUACAAAGUUCUUAAAAAAUAAUAAUAGAUAAAAUAAAAUCUAUAAUUAUACUACACUUUUGCUCUGAAAAUUCGACAUUUUUUAGAAUUACCUAUAUAAGAGUCAUAAUAAUAAUGACCAUUAUAAUUGUUUUCCAGACAUAGUCAUGUAUACAUAAAUUCAAGAUCAAAAAGAUUUUAAUAAGUUCAAGAAUGAUAAGCAUUAGUAGAUGUACCCUCUGUAAAUUCUGCCAUAUAAUAAUUAUUAGUUUUAAAAUCACAAGAAUAGAUGACCGUUAACAACGCACGGGAAUCCAUGCAUUAGUAUCUCAAGAAUGCUUUAAAGGAAAUUGCAUGAAAAUUUACACCACUUUCAAUCUAUGAAAACAAACAUGCUACUGAAUUUCCAAUUUUUAUUUACGUUAUUCCAGAUUUGUUAAUAUCAUUAAAACGAGAUGUUAUUACUAUUUUUAAAUCACUUAUAUCUAAUGACUGAUCAAUUACCAGCAUGUAUCAGGAUUGUUUUAAUUUUGGGAGAGUUCAACAAAUUUAAUAAUAAAUAUUUUUGAAUAUA